AUGACGUCAGCUCUCCGCGGCUCCCGGUUAGCGCCGCCCGCGGCGGUUCUCGUUGUCCUGCUACUCGCCGCGGCUGGCGGGGUGCGCGGCGGAUCCGGGGGGAAUGCGGCGGCGGGCUCCCGCAAGCUGGUCGCGGGCGGAAGCGGGAACAGUGCCGCGCUGGCGGAGCUCGUGAAGGAUUCCCCCCAUGCUUCCGCGGAGGGGGAAGCGCUUGUAGUGAAGGAUUCCGCGCCUUCUUCCGCCAGUGGCGAUGCGGCGGAGAAGGAGGCGCUGAUUCCGCCGCUGCAGCUGAUCAUCGCGGAAGAAGGGCGCGCGGAGGGCGCCGGCGGCGCAUGGUGCGCGUCCCCCGAAAGCUGCGCGCGGCGGGCGGCCUCGCGCCUGGGGUCGACGGACCUGCGGCCGUCCGCGGCGGAGAUGGAGGCGGCGCGCAGCGACAACAAGAACGGCAGCAUGAACGGCAUGCUGAGCAGCAACCGCACCGUCAACCCGGACUUCUACAACUGGAACGCCGUCUACUUCUACAACUGGAAUGCCUCCCCAUACCCCAUGGCGGCUCUUUUUCAGGCGACGUCGACGAACCCGUUCACUUCAAUGGCACGACACUCGGGAGCGGUGGCUCUGCUGGUGCACUGCGAUGGAAUUAAAGACACUCUUAAAGCCCUCUCUCCCUCCGUGGGAGUGCGCUGCCUUGCUGAUUCCUCCAUGUUCCUCAACGUGUAA